CGGACCCAGUGGUGUGUGACACCGGGGAUACUUCCGCCCCGCUUUUGACUCGGUGAAUCAAAGUUACUGGCGGUGAAUGAUCUGUCACCGUGUCGCGGGCCCAUCCCGAUCCUCACCAUCAGAUCCCGGGUGAUCGGGGCCGGUCCAGCUGGUCCUCAGAUCAUCAAACCCUUCCUCCUUGGCCCCUCCAGCCCAACGAUUUCCGUGCGUCGCCCCGGGUUGUUAGGCUGCGGGAUUACAAGAAGGUGAAGGAUGUCGAUACUGCGGAAUGUUUGGUACUUGACCAGAGAAAGGGUUUCAAGGGCCAUAUUUGGCGCUUACCCUCUCCGAUCAUAUCGUGGUGAUACCUCUGAUGAUAUGACAGAUAUCAAACAGAUACCACUGCCUCCAUGGGAAGAGCGAACCAAUGAGCCACUGGACACGAAGCGAGCACGUCUGCUGUAUGAGAGCCGUAAACGUGGAAUGUUAGAGAAUUGCAUCUUGCUGAGUUUCUUUGCAAAAAAGUAUCUGAAUGAAAUGACUGAGAAGCAGCUGAGUUUGUACGAUAAACUGAUCAAUCAACCAACCAACGACUGGGACAUUUACUACUGGAUGACAGAAACAAAGCCUACUCCUCCUGAAUUUGAUACUGAGGUAAUGACUUUGCUGAAGGAAUUUACCAAAAAUCGUAACAUGGAGCAUAGAGUCGGGCAGCCGGCGCUAGACUACCUCUUUGAAGACAAAAAGUAAAAUGGAUUUAUUGUAUAUUGCUCAUACAUGAACUGUGGAUAUUUAAUUUUACUUUGGAAAUGCUAAGUAUGUUUAGCAGCAUACAGAACUUCAUAUAGUCAAAUGUUACUUUGUGUUGGCAUUUAUAAAAUUGUUUUUUUAAGGUGCCUGAAUCGCAAUAUAUUUAUAAAUAUUCGAAAACUGAGCAACUGAAAUCUUCCCCAUUGAAGUGAGAGUCCUUGCUGAUCCUGUGUAAGAAUUAACCUUCAUAAAUACCAUUGAACUGGAUAUUUUUUUGUGUUUUGCAACAAAACAAAAUAACUGAAGCAAGUCUUGAAAAUAAAUAUGACUAUUUUCUGAAAAUCUA